CAGGCAUCGCUGCAGACGACUAUCCGCGCCCUGCGCACCCGUGCUGCAGGGAAAAGGCCCCCUCCUUCUGAUCCGCAUGUAGCGAAGGGCCGUGGUGGCUCCGGGUUCAAAAUGCAGAUAUUCGUGAAAACCCUCACGGGGAAGACUAUAACCCUAGAGGUUGAGCCUUCAGAUACAAUAGAAAAUGUGAAGGCUAAGAUCCAGGACAAAGAAGGAAUCCCACCCGAUCAACAGAGGUUGAUCUUUGCGGGGAAACAGCUGGAAGAUGGACGAACCCUGUCUGACUACAACAUCCAGAAGGAGUCCACACUGCACCUGGUGCUCAGGCUGCGCGGUGGUGCUAAGAAGAGGAAGAAGAAGUCCUACACCACACCCAAGAAGAACAAACACAAGAGGAAGAAGGUCAAGCUGGCAGUGCUCAAGUACUACAAGGUUGACGAGAAUGGAAAGAUCCACCGUCUGCGGCGGGAAUGUCCCGCGGACGAGUGCGGGGCGGGCGUGUUCAUGGCCAGCCACUUCGACAGACAGUACUGCGGGAAGUGCUGUCUAACCUACUGCCUGAACAAACCCGAGGACAAGUGAGAGAGCAGAGCCAGCUGCUGCAGGGCCCCACCCAUCCCUACCACCACCCCCACCCCCCCCGGACUACCAGCAACCCUCCAUUUUAUGCUCUGUAAACCAUAAAGCAAAAUAAAAAGGGUGUGGCUGGCCUGCUGCUGCCUGCUCCAAA